AUGGAGCCUUCAAAAGCCUCUCCUACUCCUAUGGUUUCUACAUGCAACUUGUCAGCUCACUGUGGGAGUCCAAUUGAGAAUGAUUUUGAUUAUCGAAGCAUUGUUGGUGCCCUUCAAUAUAUUGUCAUUACUCAGCCUGAUAUUGCCUUUGCUGUUAACAAAGUGUGUCAAUUUAUGCAUAAGCCAUUGGAGCAACAUUUCAAAGCUGUUAAAAGGAUUUUGAGAUACUUGCAAGGAACUCUUGAGUAUGGCAUAAUUUUUAAAGAUGCACCUCGUGUCUCUCUAGUAGGUUAUUCUAAUGCUAAUUGGGUUACAGACUUGGAUGGUAGAAGAUCCACAACUAGAUUCUGUGUGUUUUUAGGCGGAAAUCCUGUAGCAUGGGGUUCCAAGAAACAAUAG